ACUGCCUCUGCCUGACAUUCAGGGAAGAUGGCGACCAGAGUCCUUCAGAGUCUGGGAAAUGGCUUGAACCAGGCAAAAAUCGGGGUGCGGGCGAAACAACAGUUGACAGUAACCAUCAGGAGUCUGUGUGCAUCCUCAAACAGAAAUCGUGAGGACAGCUGGUUCAAGUCUCUCUUUGUCCGAAAAGUUGACCCCAGAAAAGAUGCUCAUUCUCACCUCCUGGCAAAGAAAGAAGACAACAACCUCUACAAAAUUCAGUUUCACAAUGUCAAGCCAGAGUGCCUUGAUGAUUAUAACAAACUUUGUGAAGAUGUCUUGCCAUCUAUCCACGCUGACCCUGACUACCCAUGUGAACUGGUGGGCACUUGGAACACGUGGUAUGGGGAGCAAGACCAAGCAGUGCACCUGUGGCGAUACAGAGGAGGUUAUCCUGCCCUGACUGAAGUCAUGAACAAACUCAGGAAGAACAAGGCGUUUAUGGAGUACAGAGAAAAGCGUGGCAGGAUGCUGCUGUCCCGCAGGAACCAGCUGCUUCUGGAGUUCAGCUUCUGGAAUGAGCCUGUUCCCAGACCAGGACCCAGCAUAUAUGAGCUCAGAUCCUACCAGCUCAGGCCUGGAACCAUGAUUGAGUGGGGGAAUUACUGGGCUCGGGCCAUUGAGCUCAGGCAGCAGAACAACGAGGCUGUUGGAGGCUUCUUCUCUCAGAUCGGCAGCUUGUACAUGGUACAUCACCUCUGGGCUUACAAAGACCUGCAGUCGAGAGAGGAAACGAGGAAUGCGGCAUGGCACCAUGAGGGCUGGGAUGAAGUCGUCUACUACACAGUUCCUCUGAUUCAACACAUGGAGUCCAGAAUAAUGAUUCCGAUGAAGACUUCACCUCUGAAGUAGCUUUUGCUGAUGACCCCAACAGAAACCCCAAAGUGAACUUGAUUAUACGAAACUCCAAAUGCAUGUCGAUCAGAUUUUGCACUGCCAUGGAUUUCUGCUUGGUUUUGAAAGAAGUGUCUUUCUUUUUUUCUCUUUAGGUCAUAGGGCCCCCCCCCCCCCCCCCCCCCCCAAAGUUCAAGGCUCAUAUUUGUAUUGACAUUUGAUUGACUCUCUCCUGUCUGUCAACAAAUGUCAAGAACAACAAGAAUAUUACUACUUUGAAUCACUAGUAGAGCUUUCUAUCUAAAUGCUGCAACAAAGGGUUUCAUGCCAGUACUCCUAAAUCAGAAUUCUGUCACAAUACUGACACCUUCAUAGCGAGACCUCUCAUCAGAGUGAGACCUGUCUUCACCUUUGCCCCCUCAUUGCAGCAACUUUUUCAUUUAAAAAAAAAAACAAACCCAUGUUCCCAUCAAAACUCAACUCAAAUGAGGAUGUUUAAGUUCAGGUUACUGUAGACAUGGUUGCUGCUGUCUUUUGAUUUGUGCAUUUCAAAUAUAUUCCAGAAUGUUGCUCAUUUAUCCACAAAGUAUAAUUGUUUUCUUGAUGCAGAUUUGGCACUGAUCAACUUGCAUGCCAUUUAUCAUCCUGAUUUGGGGCCUUGUCGUAGUAUUGCUUUUGACCUCUGCAAUAUUUAAUGUAGUUCAGUUUCAUGAUGGUAACAGAUUUGUUAACUGAAACUGAAACCACAUGGAUAGCUGUAAUUAGCAUGUGUGUAUGGUUAUUCGUAUUAUUGGUUUUGCAGUCUCAGUUCAUUGAAAAAAACAAUGGGUUAGGAGAAUUAUUGGACUAUUUUCACUAAUCAUUUAGUUAAACUGGUCAUUUUAGGUGAAUACAAAACGUGAUUUAAAUGGUGGGUGGCAGAAAAAAAAUUGAAUUUAUUUGUAUUUGACCUCUAUCAAAUCAAACAUAACCUUUAACCUUUCUUGUCUUUGAUUUGCAACUGAAUAUUCGAUCUUGUUGAUUGUCAUUUACAUUCAUCUUGUAAUGUGGAAUGUGUUGAAUUUAUUCCAGUGAUAGGCCUCUCAAAAUUGAUUACAUGAUCAAGCUUGUCCUUGAAUGAAUAUUCUCCAUUAAAAACUUGUAAAACUCAUCUUAACACCUUGGAAAGCACUCUUAAGUGGCGAAACUUGCGAUUUUUAGGUCAGCACAGCCAAACUGAUAUUUUGGUUCAAUUUUGAAGUUUCCUAUUGUUUUGUGUGGUUUUUAUGCUUUGAAAAGAUUAGAUGUACAUACUGAAUUAAAUUUAUGAUUGAACUACA